AGAAAGAAAGAAAAGAAAAUGGCCGCUCUGGGGACAAUUUUGAGGCGAGCGGGUCCCAGUGUCGGCAGCAUUCUGCAGCGAUCUGUUCUGAAGAAUGCGACACCGUUGUAUUUCGCCAGAGGGGCUAAAGUCUGGUUGCCCGAUAAAGAUUAUUUUGACCAGAUAAAAAGUCCAGUUAUGUAUCCAGAUGAAACUACAGACUGGGAGUUGCCUCCCAUUAAUGAGAAGGCGUUUAUCCGAGAGAAGCACGUCCAGAAUCUGGUGAUUAAUUUUGGACCCCAGCAUCCAGCGGCUCAUGGCGUACUGCGUCUUGUGCUCACUCUUGAUGGAGAGACUGUUGUCCGAGCCGAUCCACACAUUGGCUUGCUGCAUCGGGCGACAGAGAAACUUAUAGAGUACAAAACAUAUCUACAGGCAUUGCCAUACUUCGAUCGUCUCGACUACGUGUCUAUGAUGUGUAAUGAGCAGUGUUACUCGAUAGCCGUGGAGAAGUUACUUAACAUCGAGGUACCCGAGAGAGCCAAGUGGAUUAGAACGUUGUUUGGUGAGAUAACGCGCUUGAUGAAUCACCUCAUGUCAAUCGCGUGUCACGCUCUUGACGUGGGCGCCAUGACACCCUUCUUCUGGCUGUUUGAGGAGCGAGAGAAGCUGAUGGAAUUCUAUGAACGUGUUUCGGGAGCAAGAAUGCAUGCUGCCUAUGUAAGGCCAGGGGGCGUGUCUCAGGACUUGCCUCUUGGCCUUCUCGAUGACAUGUACGACUUCCUGCUGCAGUUUCCGCAGCGUAUUGACGAAGUGGAUGACCUUCUAACGCCCAACCGGAUCUGGAAGGCGAGGACGGUUGACAUCGGGAUCAUCUCCGCAGAAGAUGCUCUUAACUAUGGCUUCAGUGGCGUCAUGGUGCGAGGCUCGGGAGUCAAGUGGGACAUACGUAAAGUGGAACCGUAUGAUAGGUACGACCAAGUGGAGUUUGAUGUUCCCAUUGGGCGCAAAGGAGACUGCUACGACAGAUAUCUGGUGCGAAUGGAGGAAAUGCGACAGAGUGUCAGGAUCAUGUUGCAGUGUUUGAACAAGAUGCCGGCAGGAGAAAUCAAGGUGGAUGACAACAAGGUGGCGCCACCUGCCAGAGCAGACAUGAAGACGUCCAUGGAGUCCCUGAUUCACCACUUCAAGCUGUACUCUGAGGGUUACCAGGUUCCCCCCGGAUCAGCAUACACGGCCAUAGAGGCCCCCAAGGGAGAGUUUGGAGUAUACCUCGUAUCGGAUGGAACCAACAAACCAUACAGAUGUAAAAUAAAGGCCCCUGGAUUUGCUCACUUGGCGGGCUUGGAAAAGUUGGCGAAGAAGCACAUGCUGGCCGAUGUAGUUGCGAUUAUUGGAACAUUGGAUAUUGUCUUUGGUGAAGUUGAUCGCUAAGUCUGUACCAGAAACUGACAUGUAUUUAUUAGAAAGAACAUUUUUUUCACCAGCAGUUCAAAAGUGCUCUGUUCAGCAAAUACUGACAAACUAUAUAAACAUUUGUAAUUCUUCUGACAAAUACACCAGAAAGAUUUCCUUCAUGGAAAUUAUGAUGGUUACAGAUCUUUUAAAAAACCCAAAACAAACUGUUAUAGGUUGUCCAAGUGUAGAUGUAUUUCAAAUUAUAACUCUGCUUCUUCAAAGAUAAUUAUGUUCAGCAUUUCCAGAACAUAUUGUAAUUAAUCUCUCUAUUGGUUGUAAUGAAGUCGGAACUUGUUUGUCAGUGCAGACCAGUGCUGAUGUAGCUGAUGAACCCUGCCAUUGCUGGUUUUGUUUUGAUGAGCCAGACUUCUGAAAUGCCUGGACUCCUGGUCACUAAACUGUAGACUUUGGCGUUUGACAAUUAAUUUUGACUGUGUUAGGCUUUACGAGAUGGUAAUAAAGAUAUUAUUACACGUGUGCUUUGUAUGAAUUUUAUUAACUCAGUUAUGUUAAACCAUGUGGAUAAUAACACUUGUUAUUACACAUGUGUUUCAUAUGAUGUUUAUUAACUCUGUUAUGUUGAACCAUGUGAAUAAUAACACUUGUUAUUACACGUGUGUUUCAUAUGUUUAUUAAAUCAGAUAUGUUGAACCAUGUGAAUAAUACUUGUUAUUACACGUGUGUUUCGUAUGUUUAUUAAUUCAGUUAUUUUGAACCAUGUGGAUAAUAACACUUGUUAUUACACAUGUGUUUCAUAUGAUGUUUAUUAACUGGACUCCACUUUAUUCUGGUCACAUGAUCUCUGAAACAGACUGGAAACGUAGCCAUCCACCUUUGGCUAGAUGGUUUGAUUGUUGGUUUGUGUACUGUGAAUAUACAACACAACUUGUGUCUAUUGACAUGACAGAGGAAAAUAAUAUUGUGUAUAUACUGUAGAUUAAAACGUGUGUUUAUUAAACCCAUAGUGUAAAAUCCUGUGUAAUAUGGUAAAAACGUGUGUUUAUUGAACUCACAAAAAUAAAUACAGUGUAUAUUGAGUAAAACA